GGUUAAAAUGAAUUUAAAAAAAAUAAAGAUAUCAAUAAACACAAUACAUUCUUCCAGGCUCCCAGAUUAGCCACUCCUCUUGUAAACAUACGCCGGCGUGACAGCAAGAGAAACCGAUUGGAAAAAAUGGCAACGAACCUCCAAGCGUUAGCUUUUGAAAAAGCAGAGCUACUUUCCAGCCGUCUGAAAGAAAUAAUUUCAUCCGGGCAAGGAUACAUCCAGAACCAGCUGGGCCUCGAUUUGGGUCUGAAUCUCGACGUCUACCCGACGUGGGUGCUCCUGUCCACGGCAGCGGCAGGGCUGCUGGUGGUGCUCGUUUUGUCUUGGGUCGCGAUUUGUGGCGGAGCGUCAGUCGGGAAAACCCGAGGAUCGUCGUUCACUAAGGUUCAGGUCGAGGAGCCUCUCAAGGCCGACCUCAAUAACAGUGUAAAGCCAGAUGAUCAGAAGAGAAAAAAUAAGAAGAAAUCGUCCGAAAAGAAGGGACAGUCAAAUGGACGACAGUUCUCUGCACCUCACGACGACACAGCAUCCAGGGAGACGUCAUCACAACAGCCCCCUGCUGAGAAACUACCGGUGAAGCUGACGGUGGUGCAGGUGGAGAAGGCACCUGUACAGGUGAAGAAGAACAAGAAAAAAGCCAAGGCGAUAGUGAGACCGGUCAUCAGUGUUUUUACCUGCGAUGAGACGGAACCUGAUGCGGGAGCAUGGGAGACCCAGGUCAGCCAGCGAGAGAGGAAGCAGCAGCGCAAGAAGGACAAGGGCCCAGAGGAUGCUGGGAGCCCUGGAGAACCCAAGACGGCUCCGAGGACCCAUGUGGAGACACCUGCCCCCUCAGGCAACAGGAGUAGAGGGCCUCCGGGAAGGAAGGUUGACUCCUCCACCAAUGGAGGAGGAGGAGGAGGAGGAGGUGUUGGAGGAGGAGGUGGCGGAGGAGGACGGCUGGAUCUCGGGUCCAAGCCGCCGGGCCCGUCGGCCAGCGGGGGGGAGAGGGAGAAGUGGAGCUCCAGGGUACAGCGGCAGCGAGCCCAGCCGGAGCCCAAGCUCCGGGCUCAGGACAAGCCAGUGACACGGAGCGGUGUGGGAAGCAGAACCAGUACCGGCGUUAAACCCAUAACCCCGCAGGAAGUGAAGGCUGCAGAGCACGCAUCACUUCCUGUUACCCUCCAGUGGGACAUCCAACCUGAUGAUGAGUGGUGUGGUUUGAACACCGGCGCGAUGGCUGGCGACGCAGGCUCGGACUGGAGCGUCCCUCUGGUGCACUGGGGUCACUACGAAGGGCCUUGCUCUCCGGUGCCGCUCAAGGGCCCCUCACCCAAAGAGGUGUCGUUCGAGGAGAAGGUGGCGGAGGACUCCGUAGGUGGGACCAAAUCUACCAAGAGGAAGAAGAAAAAGAAUAAGACUGUGGAUGAAGGCGCAGCCACUGUGGCCCUGCUUGGUGGUACAAUUCCCAGAGCUCAAGAGGCCCCAGCUGUUACCUCCAACAAGCAGUCUGCUAAACGACCAGACUCUGAGAAGAAGUCUGAGCAGAGGACAGAGCGUCUGAAGCCAGGCCAGAAGAAACAGGCUUGAAGAGACAAACCCAGAUCCCAGGUCAGCAGCGUGAAGCACAUGCAUCUGCUUGAUGAGUGCUUUGAUGAGACGUCUCCCGGCUGCAGCAGGUCUUGCUUCCCUCUCAGACGCAUUAAUUGCACCUUUGAUCGAAGAGGAAGGAAGGGGAGAAGAAGGGGAGACGACCUGGCCGCUGGAUCGUUCGCGCGGACGUGAACCUGACACGGUUUGGCCUGUACCAUUCUUCGAUCUUGAGACAAGGGGACAUGCAAGGGAAUUAUUAGUAACCCAUUAUUAGUACAUUUGUAUCUAUGUUGUUGUUUUUAUGUAUUAUGUGUGUCUUUAUGUACACAGCGGAUUGCAGCAAAGGAAGGAAAGGUUAAACCUGGUAAUGUUGCACUUUUAACAUUGAUCCGGUUCUUUUUUAUGUUGUAUUUUUAGGGUGUAUUAUUGCGGUUCCAGGAUUUAUACAAUGGCAUUUGAUAACCUCCAUUUGCUUUAUAUUAAUAUCCACCACUAGGGGGCGCUGUCGCUCUUUAAUAGUUGUAACUAAAGCUCGCUAAUAUGAGGUAGCGCUAUGGGCUGGCCUGGCCUUCUGGUCAAUGAUAUCUAACUUGAAAUUCCACACUAUGAAUUUAUCAGACUUUUUCCGUACAUGGGCUACAUAAUUCUCGUCUCUUCCGAUCUCUGCGCCUUGCCAUAGUUUAAGGGCUGUUUCUAAUUAUCUUGUAAUUACACUGUGGAAAAGGCUAUUCUGAGUUGGGUUCUUUCUUUGUGGUUUGUAUUUUUUCAGAGAUUGUCUUGUAGAAUAUGAUAACAUGAAAAUCCUGGAUUAAUUUGUCCGCAAUCUGUGGAAAAGAAAUGGAACAUUCAUCUGAGGCAGAAAAUGAUUAUUGGCAUGAAUCUAUACGUCUAUAUUAUUAGGAAAUGCAGGAAGAGGCUGCAUACUUGGCAGCUAAAUAUCUUCAACAUUGUUUUGUAACCGUUAUAUAAAAAUAUACAGAGCAAUGCAUUUAUAUGGCCUUAAACUGUAGUCAUAUAGGAUGGGAGCUGACUUUUUUGUUUCAGUCUGUGACUUUCAAAACGUCAGAUGAAUCUCAGUGUACAUGUCUUUGAUAAUUGUGUGUGUUAAUUGAAUGUGAUUAGCAGGUCAGUCUAAUUAAGCGUUUUUUAGUCUUUGGAGAGCUGUAUUGCUUCAAGCUGUUGAUUGGCUAGUGGUGGUACAGUACCUUGACAUGUUUAUUUUUGUUGACAAGGCUGUUGUCAAGGAGACGGGUAUGGAAUCAAAUAAACCCUAUUUGAUCUUUGCUAUUGUGAUCAAUUAAUUAUUUAAUGAGCAUAUUUAUAUGAUUGUCUUUAAAUCAUUUUGAGAUUGAUUUAGUCUUUUGGAGGAAUAUAAUUGAAAUGUAUGUUUUGGUUGGUUUAGAAAAAUUAAAUUAAAUAAAUUAUUAA